AUGCGUUUCCCUAGACUCACAGCAAUGGCCGCUCUUCUAGUUUCCAGCACUGCUGCAUGUGCAGCAGAGGUUCCACCCCUCCCAGUAAACUUCGGAGUCCUCGUCUUCCCCGCCUUCCAGGCACUCGACGUUUUCGGCCCCCUCGACACCCUCAACAUGCUCUCCACCCUAUUUAAGACCAACCUCUACAUCAUCGCCGAGACCCUCGACCCAGUAUCCACCAAGACCCGCUCCGCCUCCAUGAACACCACCGGCUCCAACUUCGGCGAGAGCAUUGUCCCCACGCACACCUUCGCCAACCCACCCGCGCUCGACGUCCUCAUUAUCCCCGGCGGCGCCGGCACCCGCGCCGGAACACUCCUCGACCCUGCCCGCGAAUACAUCAAGGCUACCUUCCCCACGCUGCAGUAUCUCCUCACCGUCUGCACUGGCUCUGCCCUUGCCGCGUCAACUGGAAUUCUCGACGGAAAAAAUGCAACGAGUAAUAAGGCUGCAUGGGUAUGGGCGACGGGGCAGGGGCCGAACGUGAACUGGGUGCCGAGGGCAAGGUGGACCGUGGAUGGUAAUGUGUGGACGACGUCGGGGGUCGCAGCGGGUAUGGACGGGACGUUUGCGUUUGUGAAAGCGGUGUAUGGUGAGGAGGCGUUUGUGUGGAUUCGGAAUAAGGUGGAGUAUAUGCCGCAGGAGGAUUCGCAUGUGGAUGCCUGGGGGGAGUUCUAUAAUACUACUUGGCCCAUUGUGUCGUAG